AUUCCCCCGCGUGACAAAAACAGCCCUGGCUUUCACAUGUCAGCUCUUCUUCUCCUGCUCCGUCUUAUCGCCUUUCAGUCCUCGGCUGCUGAACUCAUGUCUCUACCGGAUAUCUAGUCGACGGGGCCGCCGCCGCCGCUUCGAGACUCACCGACUCCCUUGCGAAGAGACCUGCCAUGUUUUGAAACUUUUUUUUUUUUUUUUUUUUUUUAAAGGUGUUUUUUUUUUUUUUUUUUUUUUCUUUUUUCUUUAUUAUUUAUUUUUUUAAAUCGUCGGAAGGGCUCGUCGCGUCUGAAGCGGUAACGUGCUAUCGGUUUUGUGGCAUGAAACGCGGCGGCUCAUUCCUCUGGUUUUACUCAGCGGAGCGGUGGUUUCCUCAGCCUGGUCACAUCACCGAGCAGCGAGCGGCGACUACACCCGCUUGAAGCGUUCGAAUCCUCGGGGAAGGAGUAGAGGAGGAGGAGGAGGUGGUGGUGGAGGUGGUGGUGGUGGGAUAGGAUUGGGGGGGAAACCCAGCACCCAGCAAGCACCAGCUCCAGCAGCUCAACUAUGGCGAGCGACGACUGCAGCAAAGCGGACUUGAUGGAGGACAACCGCACGGACUCCGGUAUUGAGUCGUUCCGCUCCCUCCUGAAGUCGGAGGAGCCCCGGGAGCCCGGCACCGACUUCAGCCUGGGCAAGGACAAGUUCUCCAGCGUCGGCGAGGAGCGGCUGGACUCAGCCUACGGCUCCUCGUCCAUCACGGUGGAGAGUUUGCCGGAGAUGGUGAGCGAGUGCAGACUGUCCAGCACGAGUGAGGAGAGCACACAGAGCGAUGAACUGUCUGAACAGGAGGAAAACUUGCUCACAACUAUCACAGAAGAAGGAGACACAAUCCUGCACUUAGCAAUCAUCCAUGAAGAUAUUCUCAUUGCUAAAGAGUUGAUACAGAUAUUCCCAAAAGAAGUCCUGGACAUCCAAAAUAAUUUAUACCAGAGCCCCCUGCAUCUAGCCACGUACCUGAACUUGCCGGAUGUGAUGAGGAGCCUCUUGGAGAAAGGGGCUAGCCUGGACCUGCAGGACCAGGACGGGAACACGGCGCUGCACGUGGCGUGCCAGCACGGCCAGACGGAGUGCGCCACGGAGAUGACCCGAGACGUUUCCCCCAGCAAGCUAGCGCCAGUCCUCGAGACCCAGAACUGGAGAGGUCUCACUUGUCUUCACUUGGCUGCGCUGAACAGGCAGCAUCAAAUUCUGAUGCUCCUGAUUAAAAAGGGAGCAGACGUGAAUAUCCAGGAAGGAACCAGCGGCAAAACAGCUCUUCACCUCGCGGUGGAGCUGCACGACAUGGGGUCGGUGAAGCUGCUGAUCGGCAUGGGCGCCAACGUGGACGCUGCCAUGUUCAACGGCUGCACGCCGCUGCACCUGGCGGUGGGCAGGCAGGACGCCGACAUCGCCAACCUCCUCUGCCAGUCCGGCGCCGACAAGAUGCUGAGGAACAUGGAGGACGAGACGGCGCUGGAUCUGGCCGACGGCAACGAUGACAUUUUGGCUUUGUUUCCCUUCGAUGACAUCCAGAUCUCUGGCAGGUCGGUGGUCGGCGUGAAGUUUUGAGCUGAAUCCCAGACCCAACAACAGUCUUCACAUUGUCUGGAUCCUCAGUGCAGCUGGAAGCGUUCAUUUAAAUAAGAGCUGAGCUGAUUUGUAUUUUAUUUCUUUUUUUUGUUUGUUUUUUUUUUCUGUAUUUGUAGUGUACUAUCUAGACAAACAUGUGCACCAUAUAAAUAUGUGUUUCCGAGUCACCUGCUAAAUUCUUCUGCUUCUCUUACACAUGCGUCCGGAGGCGGCUGUACCGCCUCAGUGUGAGCUUCAAACUUACUUUUCAUAUGUUGAUCACCCAUAAAAGCAAACAAACAAAAAAAGAAACAAACAAGCAAAAAAAAAAAAUGGAAAAAAAUGAUUCUACCUCCUGUUUUCAGUUCAUCAAACUUCACCAGUGCCUUGAUUGCAUUUUCUCUUUUGUGAUUUCUUCCUUUCCACGGCUCAUACGCAGACUCUUUCAGGCGAUCAGAGGCAGAGGAAAACGUUCCGUUCGCUGAAUGGAAACUAUAAAUUCUGCAAAGACAAACUAAUCCCUGCUUCUAGUGUAAAAGUAUAGUAAUAUAUAAAUGCAGCUUCCACUUUUUUUGUUUUUUUUAGGUUUGCUGCUUGUUAAAUGGUUUUCUCUAUUUAUCUUAACCUUAAUCUGGCAGAAACCUUACUGUUGUGUAUAAUUUACUCUCGCUAGUUAAUAUUUCAUUUAUUUUGUAAUAAAAGGAGAAAAAAAUA